CUGGCUUAUCUCCUGGUACAUACACCCAAAGAUUAGCUGUACUUAGAGAUCUGCAGCAUAGAAAAAGGAAGGCACUGGACAUGACAAGAGUUGCAAAGAAGAGAAGACUAGAAUUAAAAGCCAAGAGGUUACAAAAAAGUGCAUGCCAGGAAACCAGGGAGGGAAUAACAUAUGCCUCAGAGGUUGAUAUAUGUGGAGAGAAGCCAGACCUUACAGAAAUUCCUCCUCCCAUUCCAUUUCCAACCCGAGAGCCAGUACAUUUGUCACCAGAAUAUGUCCCAGUUUAUUUCGAUUUGGAAACAACUGGAUUAGCCAGGACUUCCCACAUCACACAAAUAGCAGCUGCAGCUGGAGAUGAACAAUUCAGUUGCUUUGUAUAUCCGAGGAAGCCCAUAAGCCCACAGUCCACAAAUGUCACUGGUAUAUCCAUCAAGGAUGGGAUCAUGUAUCACCACGGCAAGAAAGUUGAUGCUACAUCUAUAUCAAAUGCAGUUGAUAUGCUGUUAAAGUUCUUCAAAAAAUUUCAAAAAAGAGUUGUUCUUGUGGGACACAAUGUUGAGUCGUUUGACUGUCCCAUUCUAAUGUAUGCUCUAGAUUCUUGCAAAAAGUUAGACUGUUUUUCUAACAUUGUUGAAGGAUUUUUUGAUACUUUAAAUUUUUUUAGAAUGGAGAGGCCUGGUCUUUCAUCUUACAGACAGGAAUUUUUAUGUAAAAACCUUGCAGGUAUAGAUUAUGAUGCACAUGAUGCUAGCAGUGAUGUUCUUUCUCUCCAAUCUUUGAUAAGUCAUCUAAAUAUUGGUCUAGGGAAUGCAAAUGCCAACUGCAGGUCAGCAUCCUUUACAACUGCAAGUGCUGUAGAUUUUUACAAGUAUUCAAAUGUUGUGCAAGUUAAUUUACCAUCAUUACAACCUUUAGUCAACCAGAAAAUCAUCAGCUGUCCAAUUGCUAAAAAGAUUGCAGGUAGUGGAUUACAAUACAAACAUCUUGAACUUGCUUUCACUCGAGAUCCAAUAGAGGGUAUCUAUUCUUUGUCCAGUGAACAGAGUGGGAAGUCUGUCAGAGUUACAAAGUCAAAAAAUGUUACUGUCAAACUUGUUAAUUACUUUGCAUCAUUGAGAGAAAGUUAA